CACAGGACUGCAGCCCGAGGCAUCCAGGUAAGACAGGUCCUGUACGGCGGGGCUUCCUCACCUCCUACACCCUGCUGCGGGUCCUCAGUUCUCAAGGAUCAGCCCUCCUCAGGACCCCGUAGGACUCGCCCACUUCUACAGGAGGACGCCGAUGCUGUAGGAGGCUUGUAGGGUUAUCCAAAUCCUCCUUCUGACUGGUGCUAAGGAUUCUUGCCUUGGGUCAUGGACGAUUGGUUUUAAUAUAGAGUGAAAGUCUUGCCGCUGUAGUGCUUGGCGUCGGUUCAGGCAACAAUGUCUCAAGAAACUCCGUCUGGCAUAAACCAGGAUACAGUCUGGUCUGGGUGUGGGUUGAGCAGUGUGUGUUGUGGGGAGUGAGGGUGAGGGGGAGGCUAUGGGCACAUCACUGCGUCCUCUAGUGAGUAGAACAUUCACACACGUAGAGAGAAAAAGAUGUUUAUUCUGGCACUGUCACUCAAAUAUGGACUUUGUAUGGGUGAUAGUAGUACAGCAGUGAGAGUGAGGGAAGAACUCGACCACCCUGGUAACUCUAGCUCAGGACAGCAGAAGGCACAGCAGCAGAAGGCGAGGUAGCAGAAGCAUAAUGUGGUGGGAUACCACAAGACGAAGUCUGGCAAGGGUACUGCUGGUGGUGGUGACGGUAGUGGCCCUCAACCAUGAAGAAAUGAUAGGGAGGAGACGCAAGACCGCCCUGCUGGAAGGAGACAUCCUCAUCGGCGCCCUAUUCAGCGUCCACCACCAACCCAAGCAGAAGAGUGCCUUCACCCUCACCUGUGGCGAGAUUCGAGAGCAGUACGGGAUUCAGCGGGUGGAGGCGGCGUUCAUGGCUAUUGACGAGAUCAACGCCAAUCAGACCCUGCUGCCCAACAUUACCCUCGGCGUGGAGAUCCGAGACUCCUGCUGGUAUUCCUCGAUAGCGUUGGAGCAGAGCAUAGAGUUCAUCCGGGACGCCUUGGCUUCUCCCGGAGACAACGCCAACAGGACCCUGACAUCUGACGCCUGUAAGUCCGCCUCCACCACCAGCAAGAGACUCGUGGGAGUGGUGGGUCCUGGCUCCUCUGACGUCACCAUACAGGUACAGAACUUACUACAGCUGUUCAGGAUCCCGCAGGUGGGUUACUCAGCCACUUCGCGAGACCUGAGUGACAAGUCUCGCUUCUCGUACUUCAUGCGGGUGGUGCCCUCUGACUACUACCAGGCCCAGGUCAUGGUGGACAUCGUCAGGCACUACAACUGGACCUACGUCUCCGCCGUCCACACUGAUGGCAACUACGGACAGAGCGGCAUAACAGCCUUCAGGGAGUUGGCAGAGAAGAACAACAUCUGUAUAGCCAAGGAAGACUCGGUCCUGAGUAACGCCGAGGACGAGGCCUUUGAUAUGGUGAUCCACCAGCUGCGUGAGGACCAGCGAGCCAAUGUGGUGGUGUGUUUCUGUGAGGGGAUGACGGUGAGGAACCUCCUUCUGGCCGCCCAGAGGAACAACGUCACCUCUAGGUUCCUCUUUAUCGGCAGCGACGGGUGGGCCGACCGUUCGGAUGUGGUGGCGGGGCUGGAGGAGGCGGCGGUGGGUGGACUCUCCGUCAAGAUCACCAGCUCCUCUGUGGGAGAGUUCGACGACCACUACUUCCAGCUGGAUCCCGAUAACAACAAACGCAACCCGUGGUUCAAGGAGUUUUGGCAGAUGAGAUUCAACUGUUCUCUGCCAGGCCACGAGGAGAUUGUCUCCCUCCCUCCAUGCUCUGGUAUGGAGUCACUCCGCGACAGAUAUAAGCAGGACACCAAGAUGGCCUUUGUGAUGAAGGCCAUCUACACUAUGGCGUGGGGCCUCCACAACAUGCAGCGGGACCUGUGCCCCUUCUCCCAGGGGCUCUGUGAGUCUAUGCUCCCUAUCAACGGCUCACUAUACAGGGAUUACCUGGUGAACGUAACCUUCUCCUACAUGGGGGAGUUAGUGACGUUUGACUCCAGAGGUGACCCACCAGGAAGGUAUGACAUUAUGAAUUAUCAGCGGCUGAAGAAUGGUAGCUUUGACUAUGUUCGCGUGGGGACGUGGGAUAAUGGUACUCUGGUAGUGCACGAAGAACGGGUUGUCUUCAACAGCUCUGAUGGCCUUCCUCCCACCUCUGUCUGCUCUGAGCCCUGCAGCUAUAAUGAGUACAAGAGCUUUGUUGAGUCUGGAGAUGAAAAAUGCUGCUGGAUAUGUACUCUAUGUGACAAGGAUGAGUACCUCAUGAAUGAGACCACAUGUCAGCGGUGCACUCCUGGCUAUUGGCCCAACACUAACAAGACUGGCUGUGAUGCAAUCCCAGUAAAGUACAUCAUGUGGGACGACGCAGAGUCCAUUGUAGCCCUUAGUUUGGCCUCGCUGGGCUUCCUGGCCACUAGCUUCACAAUGCUUGUGUUCAUCAGAUACAACCAUACACCUGUAGUUAAGGCAUCUACAAGGGAAUUGUCAUACAUUAUCUUUGUGGGGAUGAUGGUGUCAUAUUGUGCCACACUGCCCCUCUUAGCUCGGCCAACAACCCUAAGUUGUGCUGUAUCACGAAUCAUGCCUGGACUCUCCUUUGCCAUGAUAUAUGCUGCUCUUGUUACCAAAACCAACCGCAUUGCCAGAAUACUUGCAGGAAACAAGAAGAUUAUGAUGCGCAAACCUCGUUUUAUGUCUGCCACUGCCCAGGUGAUCAUCACAUGUAUACUUAUCAGUAUUGAAGUUGGCAUCAUCACCACCACCCUCAUCCUGGACCCACCUGAUGUUGACCACAUCUACCCUCGCCAAAAGGAGGUUAAGUUAGUAUGUAACACCCCUCCUCGAGGUAUUAUAGCACCCAUGGGUUGGGACUUCUUCCUCAUUGCCAUGUGCACUGUGUAUGCUGUCAAGACAAGGAACUUGCCUGAGAAUUUUAAUGAAGCCAAGUUCAUUGGAUUUUCAAUGUAUACAACUUGUGUUAUUUGGAUGGCUUGGUUACCCAUCUAUUUUGGCAGUGACCACAAGAUCAUCUGUAUGAGCAUGUGCACCUCCCUCAGUGCCAUGGUCACCCUGGUACUGCUCUUCUUUCCCAAGAUCUACAUCAUGCUCUUCAGACCAGAGAAAAAUGACCGUUCAGCCUUUAAGACAGCCACAACAGUCCGGUGUCACAUUGGGUCAUCCAGCAAAGCCAGUAUGUCAAGGCCCUCUGACCCCUCACCCAGUGCUGCUAUUGAAAGCCUGUAUGUUGGACCAGCCAUGUUGGGUAUUGGGCAGCCACAACUGUCUCUUAUGCAGAGGAUUCGGUCCACUCUGGGUAUGCCCUUCAUCCCACCCAUCGGUAUCCUGCCCAGAGACCCAAAUCCACGCUCCAUGCUCAGAAGGGAGAUCAGCGUGUGGAGUGAUGCAAGUGGCAGCGCUGGCACGGGAGGAGCAAGUAGCAAUAAUCGGGACAUGAUGCUGAGAAGAGCCUAUGGUUCACAACUUGACUUGACAGGUGGAGAUAUGCUGUGGAGCCGUGAGGAUAGAAGCAGCCAAACAACAGAUGACCUCCUGGACCCACUCAUCCCUCGGCUGAGGCGACGCGUUGCUCGAGCAGUGAGGGAAAAUGAUAUUGAUGUUUCUGAAGGAAGAGAAUUCUUCUCCAUCACACAUAACUGGAUGAUCUCACAGGCUGAAGCUGCCAAAAGUGCUGUGAACAGGCAGAAGAACAGUGAAGCUGAGGUGUGGCCAACCACCACGAUCAUCAUCAGAGAAGAUUUAGAAGUAGAGGAGAAGGUGAAAGAAGAAAAAGAAAGUAAAGUAAAAGAGCCACUGGCAAUUCCAAAGCAAAAUGGAGUUGUGAGCGACUCUGAGCAUUCAAAUAUCAAAAAUAGUUAUGAUGCUUCCCAGGAAACAUCACAAUCAGUAACUAAGAAAAAACUGGACACAAAACAAUCUCCAACUCCUGGAUAUGACAACACUGAGCAUGACAAAGUUGAGCUUCCAGAUCAAAAUAGAAAUGAAAAAAAUUCAGUAGCUUGUGGUGGUAGUCCUACAACACAGGAUGGUAGUAACUUGUGUAAUAAUAAUAAUUGCUCUCAGCUUACAAAAGUACAAGACAAUAAUAUCCCUAGUGAAAAUAAUAGUUCAUCACCCAAGCAACAGAAGUGUUCUGAAAAUCAAAAUAAGUGUUCAAUUAAUAGACAGACUAGCACAGAUUCUCAAGUUGUAAAUUUUAUUGGUUAUGGUUCAGUGAUGCCAUGUUCCAGAGAUGAAAACUGGACAAAACAAAGAUCAGUCAGUUGUGAUAACAGCAUAAUAUUGAAGAACAAAGUUGUACCCUUAAGCCAGUCAACACAAACAGAACAAUCUCAUGAAAAACAAGGAUGGAUUUCUAAUAGUGACAGCAGAAACCUUGUGGCAGAAACUAAUGAUAAUAAUGGAAAAUCAGAUCUUCAAAACCGCAAGAGAAAAGUAGGAGUGUCAGCCCGGGUGUCAGAUGUUCGCGGCAUCCUCAAGUUCGUCAAUUCUUCUCCCACAGAGAGAGAGACGAGAGUUUCAUUUGAUUCUCAUUUUUCUCCAGUAAAAGUUACUACUGAAGAUGAGUUACUAUCACCAGUAUUAUCUGAUGAUGACCUUGAGAGUGAUAGUCAAGCUGGAGACAAACAACUUGAGCAUCACAAGUUAUCAAACAACUCAGCGUGUGCAGACCAGCAUUCCAUAUCAGAAGAAACUUCUUUUAGCAUCCUUGAAGAAGCCCUCAGUGCUGAAAGUGAUAUUGAAGCUUCAGAUAACUGUGAAUUAAAGACUAUAAUCAUCAGAUUAGGAAGUGAUGAAGCAAAUGUUAAUAUUCCAACAAAGGUUAAAUCAGAAGUGAAUGGUAGUCUAAUAAACUGGAGACCAAAGCCUGGUAAAAAUCAUAAAGUACUAUCAUACACUCCAGCAACCUAUAGUUAUGAUAAUCCCUCUGCUAAUAUUGAUUCAGAGGUUUUAUACAAUGUACAAGACUUACAAGGUAUAAAGACCUCUGAUGUGUCUUCAGUCAGUCAUCUUACACAGCAUGAAGGAGAUGAAGACCCAAGUAAGAGAUAUGCAAGUGAAAAUGAACUAGUCAUAUUAGAUUUAUUACACAGUACCUUCCCACAGAAGUAUUAUAAUCCUCAAGGGACACAAGUCCAUUGCAAUUCUAAUUUACCACAAAGUCUUAUCACAGAAUCACCUACAUUUCGUGAUACAGUAACAUCGGAGGAUCCAGGAUCUACUUCUCAUAAACGCCUCACAAUAACUCCACCAGAACUCUACAGAAAUUCUCCGACAAAACAACUUAGUCCUUCACAAGACCCAGACACUCACUACCUCCAGUAUUACAGCCAUUCCAUUCCAUCUCACAAAUCACAUCCAUCAGAAUACAUUUUUGACACACAAGAACAUAGUCAUCAUCACAAACAACCACACAGAUCUCCAGCACAAGUGAACCCAACAGUAAUCCCAGCAGAUUUACAACAAAUUGAAGUUGACUCUGGUGGUUUUUCCUCUGAUUCUAAACCAAACCAACAUUGCACUUCUGUUGAAGCACCAAGACACAUCACUUCAACACCUCAAUCUCAAACCAUUUUAAAAUCACACUGUCAAGUGGUAGAAGAAGGGAGACACACAGAGAGGAGGCUGUGUAGAAAUGAUACUGAUGAUGAUACUGAUGAAAGUACAACACCUAUUGAGGAAUUCUUCAGGACUCAUGGCAUUAAAUUUGAUGUUACAUCAACAAAAUCAAAAAAGCUAUAAAUAUUGCUAAUUUUUAGAUUUCUCUACAGAAUCUAUAUGGGCAUUCCCCGGGUUACGGAAACUCUGGUUGCGGAAAUUCGCUCUUCCGGAUUUUGUAAAUUACAGAAUGACCAAUAAAUUUGGGAUACGGACAAAAACUCGCCCUUACAGAGAUUGGGUAAAUUUUUAAGUUAAAAUUUUUGUUUCAAUACUAUUAGGAAAAAAUGUACAGAAAUUAUACAAUUUAUUUCGUGUGGAUUUCUUGGUGGUUGGUACAAUACUGUACUGUACAGGGCGAGGCAGGAGUCAGUAGUGCCCCUCCGUCUCCCUCCCAGUAACUCCGAUAACACCACCUUACCUCACCACCUCACCUAAUGCAGCACUCAACAUUGUUUGUGUAAGUUAAAUUCAAGUGCUUUGUAUAUUUAUUAUCAUGUUAUAUCAUAAAAUAAUCAAUGUAUGUGUUAAAACAAAUUAUUUUCAUUCAUAAAUGUGCUCGUAUAUACGUCUUUUUGCCGAAAAUAUUUCCUUGGGAACGCAUCUCCAAUUAUAUAACAAGUCAAUGGGAAUAUUGGUUUUGCGUUAUGGAAUUUCACGUUACGGACAAAUUUUCAAGGACACACACCUUCCGUAACCCAGGGGAUGCCUGUACUUUAAAAUAAUGUAAAAAUUACAUAGCCCAAAAUAUGAACAACUGAACUGUAAACGAAAAUAACUUACACAGGUUUGUAAGUACAGUCAGUUCUGCUAUAACACGAUAGUUGUGUUUUUGUAAAAGAUCGUGUUAUAGAAAUUCAUGUAAUAGAAAUAACAGGGCUUAUGGAGAAAAUAGGGUUAGGUGCAGAUUACUUCUCUAAAUCGAAAAAAAAUUAGUAGUUAGCCUAACACAAAGGUUAGCA